GGCAGCGGCGGGCAGCACGGGCCGCGGCUCGUCUCACCUCAUGGCCCUGAGCGACGCCCAGCGCCAGGACUUUGUUUAACGCAAGGAAACAGCAGCAGUGGUUAUGCAGAAUUCUACUCCUAUGGAUGCCUACAGCAUUUCCAGCAAUGGGAACCCCGCCGGCAGUUCGGAAGUGGCCACGGAGCAACCUGCUGAUUUCAGGACUGAAAUUAUGAAUGUGACGGAGAUGGAACAGUCGCCCGACGGCUCUCCCAGUCUGAACGAAGAGCCCGCCGACGAGAGUGAAAUAACCAACGUCGGAGAGCUACCGGGGACAGAUGUUGAAGCACAGUUUCCUGCAGAAUAUGAAAAGUUUUGGAAAGCGGUAGAAGAUAAUCUCCAGGAUUUUACAGGCUGGGUGUACUUGCUUCAGUAUGUAGAGCAGGAGAAUCACCUACUGGCUGCCAGGAAAGCAUUUGACAAGUUUUUCACACACUACCCAUAUUGCUAUGGCUACUGGAAAAAAUAUGCAGACCUGGAGAAGCGACAUGACAACAUUAAACAAUCAGAUGAGGUGUAUCGGAGAGGGCUUCAGGCAAUACCUCUUAGUGUUGAUCUUUGGAUCCAUUAUAUAAACUUCUUAAAAGAGACCUUGGAGCCUGGCGAUGCAGAGACGUGCCAUACAGUGAGAGGAACCUUUGAACAUGCUGUGCUAGCUGCAGGAACGGAUUUCCGCUCCGACAGAUUGUGGGAAAUGUAUAUAAACUGGGAAAACGAACAGGGAAACCUGAAGGAAGUCACGGCUAUAUACGAUCGAAUCCUUGGCAUUCCAACGCAGCUCUACAGCCAUCAUUUCCAGAGAUUUAGAGAACAUAUUCAGAAUAACUUGCCCAGAGAUCUGUUAACUGCUGAGCAGUUCAUUCAGUUGCGCAGGGAAUUGGCUUCCGUGAACGGUCAUAGUGCCGAUGACGGUCCACCUGGCGAUGACCUCCCAUCCGGGAUCGAAGACAUAACCGAUCCAGCAAAGCUAAUCACUGAAAUAGAAAACAUGAGGCACAGACUCAUUGAGAUUCAUCAAGAAAUAUUUAACCACAAUGAGCACGAGGUUAGCAAAAGGUGGACAUUUGAAGAAGGAAUAAAAAGACCAUACUUCCAUGUAAAGCCUUUAGAGAAGGCCCAGCUAAAGAACUGGAAAGAGUACCUAGAAUUUGAAAUUGAAAAUGGAACUCAUGAACGUGUAGUGGUUCUCUUUGAAAGAUGCGUCAUAUCGUGUGCCCUCUAUGAGGACUUCUGGAUUAAGUAUGCCAAGUACAUGGAGAACCACAGCACCGAAGGAGUGCGGCAUGUCUACAGCAGGGCGUGUACGAUACAUCUUCCAAAGAAACCCAUGGUUCACAUGCUGUGGGCUGCAUUCGAAGAACAACAGGGGAAUAUCAACGAAGCCAGGAGCAUCCUGAAGACGUUCGAGGAGUGCGUCCUAGGGCUGGCAAUGGUACGCCUGAGAAGAGUAAGUUUAGAGCGGCGACAUGGAAACAUGGAAGAAGCUGAGUGCUUGCUUCAGGACGCCAUGAGGAAUGCCAAGUCCAGUAAUGAGUCUUCGUUCUAUGCCAUCAAACUGGCUCGUCACCUUUUCAAAAUACAGAAGAACCUUCCCAAAGCGAGAAAGGUGCUCUGGGAAGCCAUCGAGCGCGAUAAAGAGAACCCCAAAUUAUACCUCAACCUUCUUGAAAUGGAAUAUAGCGGUGACCUCAAACAGAAUGAAGAAAGCAUCCUCACCUGUUUUGACAGAGCUUUGCAUGGCUCUUUGCCCAUGAAGAUGAGGAUUACAUUUUCUCAGCGAAAAGUGGAGUUUCUUGAAGACUUUGGAUCUGAUGUGAACAAACUCUUGGAUGCUUACGACGAACACCAAGCACUACUGAAAGAACAAGAUUCUUUAAAAAGGAAAGCCGAAAAUGGAUCAGAGGAACCAGAUGAGAAAAAAGCACAUACGGAGGAUGCAACUCUGGCAUCUACACAGUUGAUUGAUGGAGAUAUGCAGGCAAAUCAAGCUGCAUAUAAUUAUAGUGCCUGGUAUCAGUACAACUACCAGAAUCCCUGGAAUUAUGGACAGUAUUACCCACCUCCCCCAACCUGAUGGAAAGAAUUAUUGCCUAGUGGAGCUUCUGGGAGUGAAUUUGUUUUUUUUUUAAAGGAGGGAUGUAAACAGAUCUUAACUUGACAGAAUUUGCUAACUGGUCUUCCCUGUUCAUGUGACAGUUUGUUUAGUAAGAGGGAGUCAUAAUUUGUUAAUAGCAUACCACUUGUAAAAUUUACUUUCUAUCGGAGAACUAUUUUUGGUUUUUGCAUUGUGGUCAAAUAUUUCAACAGGUAUUUAAAAGCAUCUAAGUUCAUUAGAGUAUGGGAAGGAAUGGACCGAAAUUAAUGUUUAUGUAGCGAGGCAUCGCUAUCGUGCAGAGGUUGGGGUGUCACAGCCCGCCCCUCUCUGAAAAGCUGGGUGCCUGGGCCCCUGUGUUUAAGUUGUCCUUGUGAAUUUUGAAUCUCCUUGCAAAAUUUGAAACUUGAAGCCUGAGAGGCAUAUUUAUGAGAAUGCAGUUUGCAUCCCUUUAAAAAAAAUCAUAUUGAAGAAAUGGUGUUUCAGGAGGACUUUUCUAUUUAGAAUGUUCAUAUGUGUGAGCAAACUUUCAUUUUGAUCAAACUGAUCAUCUUCAUUUUCGUAAUAAAACAAAGGAACUGUCCAGUAA